AUGACAUUAUCUUUGGGGGAUACCAAUGAAGCAAUGUGCAAGGAAUUUGCUGAGAUGAUGGGAAAUGAGUUUGAGAUGAGUAUGAUGGAUGAAUUGAACUUCUUUCUGGGGCUGUUUUUAUGUCGACAGGAAAUGCACUUCAGGAACAGCUCAUUUUCUAGGUUCUUGUCUGGUGUCUUAGGGAACCAAGAAGCAAAAAUCAGUGGCCUUAUCUACAGUGCCAUAAACAUUGCUAAAAAUCAUGCCAACACAAGAGAGCCAAGCACAUUGACAUUAGACAUCACUUUCUCAGAGACAAUGUUGAAAAGGGGAAUAUCUCAAUUAACUUUUGUACAAUAUCCUCCUUCCAAAUUAGAUGGUUCGGUGUCCACUAUAGAUGUUUCACCCCUAAAUACACUCCCACCUAUAAGUGAGAAGCCACCAGUGGAGAAAUUCACUGUAGAAAAGGGUGCAGGGGAUCUGGGGAAGGAAACUGAGGAUGAGGAAGAUGAUGGGGUUGAAAGAGAAGAAGAAGUUGUGAACAAUCAUGAGGAACAUGAUGCUCAAAACAUAGCCAAUGAAGAAGAAAAGAGUGAGAAUGAGGGAGAAUCUGGAGAUAAGACAGGUGAACAGGCUAAUGAUUCUGCAGAAGAAGAAAAUCAGAGUGAAGAAGAGGAGGUUUAUGAAAGUGAGGGUGAGGAUCAAGAAAAGGUAAGUGAGAGUGAAGGAGGUGAUGAAGAGAGUGAGGAAGAAGAAGAGGGGAAUCCCCUUCAAAAGACAAGGGCUCAAGAACCUAGAUCUCGGUUGACUCCUUUCACUGGAGAUGAAGAAGUUAGCAGUAAUGAAGAUGAUGUGCCACUAUUUGAGAUAGGGAAGAAAUCCAGGAAGACCCCUGUGAAAGCUACAAAGUCUGCAGUCUCAACAAGGAAAUGA